AUGAUGUGGUGGACAACAUACAUCUCUAUUCUGCACAUCUUUCCCUUGCUCAUUCACAGCUUCCGGACUCAAUACAAUGGCACUCCCUCUGUCCUGCACCGAAGUGCCAGCCCGGAUAAAGUGCUCUCGUCUCCGCUCAGCACCAUACAAACACACAGCUACACCAAGUAUCACCCAAUGGCAGAGAUCUAUUCCUGGAUGGAGCAAAUAAAGGAAAACCACAAGGACUUGGUGACGCAACAUCUGCUGGGUGUAACCUACCAGAACCGGCCCAUGUACUACCUGAACAUCGGUCGGACGUCCGACAAGCCCAAGAAGAUUAUCUGGAUGGAUUGCGGAAUUCAUGCCCGGGAGUGGAUCGCUCCUGCUUUCUGCCAGUGGUUUGUGAAGGAGGUAUUAGAGACCUACACCGCAGACCCUAAAACAGAUCGCUUCCUCCAAAACAUUGACUUCUACGUCCUACCGGUUCUGAACAUCGAUGGCUACGUUUACACCUGGACGACAGACCGUCUGUGGAGAAAAUCCAUGUCUCCGUGCGGCAACAGCACCUGCUUUGGAACCGAUCUCAACAGGAACUUUGACGCAAAGUGGUGCAGCGUUGGGGCUUCAAGAAACUGCUGCUUGGACAUUUACUGCGGUUCAGCCUCUGAGUCUGAACCUGAGACCCAGGCAGUUGCUGAUUUUCUCCGUCGCCAUGCGCCUGACGUUCUGUGCUACCUGACCAUUCACUCCUACGGUCAGCUGAUCCUGACCCCGUAUGGGUACACCAACUCAACAAGCAGCAACCAUGAGGAACUGAUGAAUGUUGGAUUAAAAGCAGCUGACGCCUUGUACCAGGUGCACGGGACAAAGAUUAAAGUGGGUCCCACAUUCCAAACUCUCUAUUAUGCUGCUGGCACCUCUUGCGACUGGGCAGCUGAUCUCGGGAUCAACUUUUCCUACUUGUUUGAGCUUCGAGACAAUGGGACGUAUCAUUUCCUACUCCCAGAGGAGCAGAUCCAGCCCUGCUGUGAGGAAACCAUGGUAGCUGUGACAACCAUCAUCAAGCACAUCAAUGAUAAACACUUCCAGAACUCCUCUCCAGGGAUUGCAGCCCUGUGGUCGAGUGUGCUAGUCUGCGGCUUCUUAAACAUACACUUCACAAGGUGA